AUGGCUUAUAACGAUUUUAUUGCGGCACUUCAACGUCCAGUUGAUUCAAUAAUCAAGUCAUUUAAUGAUUUGCAACAUGAGACUUUAAGUAAAGAACAUUCUCAGAGAUGUUAUCUAGUGUGCAUUGAUACAAUCAAUCAUUUCAACGAGAUUUUAUUCGAUUCUCAAAUCAAUGUUCAAAUCAGGAGAAGUGUUCGAAGAAACAUUAUACUUCUAUACUGGUACGCAGAUCAAUUUUCUCAAUUAAGUGGUCAAGAGAUUGGCGUUGAACUGCAUUUAAAACAUCGUUUCAUCAAGUGGCAAGACACUGAAAGUGCUUUUUCAAACAAUAUUAAGUCAGGAUGUGUUGUGAAUCAAGCUCACACGGAUUUGCAUAUGUUUCUCGAUGACGCUCAAGAUCUCGUAAUUGAAAAAGUGAAUAACAUACUUAAAGAUCUUGUUGGACUCAAAGUAAAUGUUGAGUUAUCCUGCAAAUUCAGAAAUGCUAAAGCUGAAGAUUCCAUUGAAGAGACAAAGUCAUUUACUACCAAGAGUCGAGAAGUACUACCAGCGACAUCUCUUGCUGAUUGGUAUAAUGAUCAAGUUUAUGAAAAAUUAUUAAAGAAAGUAGAGGAUUUCAACCAAAGAGAUUCUGGUUGGGGUUUAAUUGAAAUCCAAAAUUUAAAAAUUACUAUGUCUAAAUAUUCUCCUUUACAAGCUGGAGAUUCAACAUUUAUAGAACUUCCCAAGGACAUCCAACUUAAAAAAGCAGUAUUGAAUAUUAAAAAUUUUGAUGAAUACUGCUUUCUCUGGUGCAUCAUUGCCGCAUUAUAUCCUCCUAAUUCUGGGCAUCCUGAGAGGAAGAAUGCGUAUCCACAUUUUAGUACUUUGUUAAAGUAUGAAGGUAUUGAAUUUCCAAUAGCUUUAAAAGACAUUCCAAAAUUCGAAAACUUAAAUAAUUUAUCAAUCAAUGUGUACGGUAUCGAGUCAGAGUUUAGUAAUAAGAAAUCAGAUAAAAGUGUUAUAAUUCCAUUAUAUUUAAUUCAUAUGCUAUUUCCUGAAGAAAAAAAUCAAACUUUAAGAUUCAAAAACUAUCAUUAUAAAGACACAGUACCUUUUGUUGUAUAUGCAAACUUGGAAUGUAGACUGGAAACCCAAGGAGAUGAUAAAACUCAAAAGCAUGUUCCACACAGUGUUGCCCUUUAUCAGCAUUGCAGUUAUGAUAAUAACUUAUCUAAAUUUAGAUUACAUCGAUCACCACAUUGUAUCGCGUGGUUUGUUUUAAAACUUAGAGAUUUAGCUGAAGAGUUUGAAAAGAAUUUAAAAAAUCCCAUGCCUAUGAAACCGCUAACUAAAGAGCAACAUGAGAAACACAAUCAGGCAACUGUUUGUCAUAUUUGUGAAAAAACAAUUACUUCGAAUAAAGAUAAAUGUCAUGAUUACUGUCAUUUCACUGGCAAUUAUCGAGGUCCAGCUCAUAUAUCUUGUAAUCUCAAUUAUCCUAAGUCUCAUGUUAUUCCUGUAGUCUUUCACAAUUUAUCUGAUCACGAUUCACAUCUCUUAAUCAAAACUUUAGCUAUAUAUGUUGAAGGCAAAAUAAAUUUACUGCCAAUUAAUAAAGAACGUUAUCUAUCUUUUACAAAAUCAAUUAAAAAUACUUCCGUCAUAUUACGUUUUAUAGACUCAUUCAAAUUUAUGGCAUCCAGCCUAGAAAAAUUAGCUUCUUUUCUUGGUGAUGAUGAAAAACAGAUAACUAAACUUCACUUUACUGAUCCUGAACAAUUCAAAUUAGUAACUCGUAAAGGCGCAUUUCCGUAUGAAUAUAUUUCCAGUAUUAAUAAACUAAACGACAAACAAUUGCCUGAUCAAGUCUUAUUUUUCUCAAAAUUAUCCAAGGGUGGUAUUUCCGAUCAGCAUUAUACUUUCGCUCAGCUAAUCUGCAGUAAAUUCAAUAUCAGCACACUUGGAGAGUACUCAGAUUUAUAUCUUAAAACUAAGGUACUCCUCCUAGCAGACGUAUUUGAGAAUUUUAGACAAAACUGCUUUACAACUUACAAUUUAGAUGCAUUGCAUUACUACUCAGCUCCUGAUCUAUCUUAUGAUGCUAUGCUCAAACACACUGGUGUAGAACUUCAGCUUCUUACUGAUCCUGAAAUGGUACUUUUUAUUGAAAACGGUAUCAGAGGUGGGGUCUCCCAGUGUACAAACCGGUAUGCUGCUGCAAACAAUCGGUACAUGGGUAAAGAGUUUGAUCCAAAAAAAACUGAAUCUUACUUGAUGUAUUAUAGUGUAAAUAAUUUGUAUAGUGCAGCCAUGAGUAUGCCACUGCCAACAGAUUCAUUUGAGUGGGUUGAAAAUUUAGAUAACGUAGCUAAGUUUUUAAAUGAUAAUGAUGAUGACGUAGGAUAUAUAUUAGAAGUAGAUUUAAGUUAUCCAGAAGACUUGCUUGAGCUUCACAAAGACUUGCCCUUGUGUCCCGAGCACUUUGUACCCCCAGGAUCCAAAGUCUCCAAGUUAUCAACAACACUUUAUAAUAAACAGAACUAUGUUAUACAUUAUAAAAAUUUCCAGCAAUGUCUAGAAUUAGGAUUAAAAUUAACGAAAAUUCACAGAGUACUGAAAUUUAAACAAUCACCUUGGCUCAAAGCAUAUAUUGACAAAAAUACAUAUUGUAGAAAUUUAGCGAAAAAUGAAUUUGAGAAAAAUUUUUUUGAAUUGAUGAACAACGCUGUAUUCGAAAAGACUAUGCUUAAUGUCAGAAAGCACAAAGAGGUGCAAUUAAAAACCAAAUGGGAUGGUAGAUUUGGCAUCAAAGAGCUCAUAUGUAAGCCAAAUUUCCAUAGUCUUACAAUUGUCGAUAAAGAUAUGGUAAUUGUUGAAUUCAAAAAAGUUAAAGUCUGCUUCAAUAAACCGAUUUAUGUUGGCUUUAGUAUUUUAGAUUUAUCUAAAACGUUCAUAUAUGAUUUUCAUUACAAUUAUGUGAAAGAGAAUUUUGAAGAUGAUAAGUCCAAGCUAAUGUACACCGACAUAGACAGUCUUAUCUACCAUUUUACAGUGCCAGACAUUUAUAAAAUCAUCAAACGUGAUAUCUUUAAGUUCGACACCUCUGACUACCCCAUUAACAAUGUAUAUAAUAUGCCGUUAGUCAAUAAAAGCGUCCUAGGUCUGAUGAAGGAUGAAAACAAUGGACAAAUUAUGACUGAAUUCAUUGGGCUUAGGGCAAAAUUAUAUACAUUCAAAAGAUAUCAAAACGAGAAAGCAAAUCAGCGUAGAAAGGAAGUCGAAGGUCCUACUUUGAGAACGAUCACGUUUGAUGAUUUAAAACAAUGUCUUGAAAAUCAUGUUACAUUGACUGAGAAUCAACAUUUAAUUAAAUCUAAAAAACAUGAUGUGACAACAAUUGUUCAUAAUAAAAUAGCUUUGAGUUGGGCGGAUAAUAAGCAAUUUUUGAAGAACUAA